AGGGGGCCGGGGGGGGGCUGGGAGGGGCCUCCCGAGGUUUGGGGGGCCCCCCAGCCCCCCCCCCCCCCCCUUUUUUUCCCCCCCCCCCUCCCCCCCCCCCCGCAGUUACCGGUACUGCAAGAACAAACCCUACCCCAAGUCCCGCUUCUGCCGGGGGGUCCCUGACCCCAAAAUCCGCAUCUUCGACCUGGGGAGGAAGAAGGCGAAGGUGGACGAGUUCCCCCUGUGCGGGCACAUGGUGUCGGACGAGUACGAGCAGCUCAGCUCCGAGGGUAAGGGGGGGGGCUUUUGAGGGGGUCCCCGAGGA